AUGACCGCAGUUGCGAGCCCGAAAGGUGGUAAGCCUCAGCUUAAGCCCAAGCGCAGCGUCACCAGCCCUAAACCCGACGCCGGCGCCGCGAGAGGAAAGGCCAGCGGAGUGAGGCCGAAACCCACCAAAGCCGGCGGCACUGACGCGAACCACGAGCAAUCGGGUGCACGAACGUCCAGCCUGAGUCCUCCCGUCGCGAAGUCCGGCAAGCCGAACUCGAUGGCAGAGUCCAUCGGAACGUCGCCGGGAAGCGUGAAUGUGAGGAGCAACGCGGCAAGUCCGAAGAGUCCCGUCACGAGUGCCGAGGGCCAUGGCGUCGUCAGUCCAGGGAAGGGCGUCACGAGUCCAAAGACGGCGGGGAGGAGCACCGCUGUUAUCGGCGUGACCGGUCCUCGCAAGGCUGGCUCCUUUCCGACCUCGCAGAAGCGCGGCAAGAGAAACGUGCGUGGUCACGUGUCUAUCUCGGUCGCCGCCGGCGAGGACGAAGGCGGGCGAAACGACGAGGUGACGGCCGUCAGCAAGCGCCGUCACAGCAGGCGCAAGUCGAUGGUCGCGGCGGCCUUGGCCAAGUUCCGCAGGUCUCUCAAACCUGAGACGCAAGGCGGCGACGGCUCUAAAAGCUCGGAGACCACGCUGAGCAGCAAGGACCAGAUGUCCCUGUUCGUGGUGCUGACGGUGACCGGGUUCCUCUUCGCCUUCAUGGCCAUCCUAAUCUUCGUUUUCUUCCUCGGCGGCACCACCAUACCCGAGGCCGUCGCAUGCAUCACCGAUGAGUGCGUGGACGCCAAGGAGUAUCUGGACAAUCUGCUGAACCGCACCAGGGAUCCGUGCACCGACUUUUACGGCUACGUGUGCGGCUCGUGGCACGAGAAAGGAGGCAGCUUUUUCGGCGACGCAAAGCUGCACGCGCUCUUCAGGCUCAACGCGACGCUGUUCCACAUGCGGCAGAUCAAGCGCGCUGAGGAGACCCGCCACGGCAUGCACCUCCUGAGGCCCAUAUACAGCGCCUGCUACAAGUUCAUGUCAGAGCCGGUGAUACUGGAGGACGCGCUGAGCGAAGCGCUGAAGUACCUCGACAUCGCGCAGCUGAUGAAAGCAGCGCGGUUCUUCGAUGUGGUGCGCUACCUCGUGCGACAGUCUAUGCAGGCUUGGCUGAACCUCACCAACGUCGAUGACCACAUGCAGCUUCUCGCGGACAUGGACGCCAAAGUUGGGAAAAUCUUCAGUAUGAAGAAGAGUGCAGAGCAGCAGUUGCCACUGCGCGAUGUGGUCGCUGACAUGGUCACCGGAGUCUCGGUCGAAGAGUGGGUGACCUCUGUGCGCGACUCACAGCGCGACAAAAUCGUGUUCAUGCCCAUGGACGACAUAAAGACCCACGGCUUGAAUGUUUACAAGCCCGCUAUGCAGGUGACCAGAACGCUGACGCCGUAAUCAGUACAUCAUAGAAUUAACUAGCCAGUCAUAUCAGUACAACGGGCAAUGAAGCCGAGUAAGGUCACAGGCGCGAUGCACUAUUUUUGUUCUUCUGAAACUUUUACCAUGAUUAUUGAAGAAAGUGAAGCCGACCCCAAGCUUGCGUUGUAGGUGCCCAAUUGACCGGUGGUUCAUUUUUUUAAAAUCCUACUACAAUUUCAUACGGCAUGUCGUACGGCGCACAGCAUCGCCUUUCACGUGCACUGAGGAUACCAUAGAUGCUGCUGCGGAGUCUGAGUUAGCAUUCUGUCUGAAAAGAUAACCUGGAAGCAAGUGUCAUUUGAGCACAUGAGAUUGGUUGUCAUCUAGCUGCCCAAACGCUUCUUCGCACGGAUAACUUCGGAGAGAAAUAUUUGAAGUGGAUACCCAAUCGAAGGUUCUCAACAUCAUCCCCACCGUCCCUUGAGGUGCCUCGCAGCACUCUCAAACGCUAGCGCUUAUCAGUUACAGAAUUCCGCGAAGAUCGGUGCC